CACAGACAAAUGUGAUAUUAAUAUGUAUCGAUCUAUAAAACAAAAUUAAUAAUACAAUAAGAAUACCGUUAUCAUUAAAGAAAACCAACAACUUUUGUUUUUGAGGAUAAAAAUCGGGCCGGAGUAUCAGAUUGCGAACAUGACGGUUACCGUACCAUCGGAGUUAUACGCAGUGAAAACAGGAGAUCAUAUUGUUGUAACGAGUGACACGAUCUCCGUGUCGAUGGCAUCCGAUGAUGCGCCCGUCAGUUGGAGAUUGGCAGAAGCGGCGCGAGUAGGCGUGCUGUCAACAUCUCCGGACUUCUCGUUCGUAACCGACUCGUCUUGGCCGACCGAGUCCCCGGACAUUUCUGUACUCACCUGUUCGGGACUCAACAUGUCCAACGGGAGUGGCGGGAACGGCACGCGGAACGAGUCCCUCUACUUCGACGAGGUUGAGUGCCUGGAGCAAUGGCUGGGGGAACGUUACAUCAGCAAGAGCGCCGUCGUGCUACUCACGAUGUUGUACGUGUUGAUAUUCGUUACCGGUGUUCUCGGCAAUAUGUGCACGUGCUUCGUGGUCGUUCGGAACAAAUACAUGCAUACGACAACGAACUAUUACCUGGUCAACUUAGCUGUGUCGGACGUCAUUACGUUACUUUUAGCUCUGCCUCCUGACCUGUCGACGAUCUGGGAAGCCUACCCGUGGAGGUUCGGCUUCGGCUUCUGCAUCACCAAGGCCUUCGUGUCGGAGAUGUCGGCGUAUGUGUCAGUGCUCACCAUCACGGCCUUCACCAUCGAACGCUACGUGGCCAUCUGCCACCCACUCAAGGCCCACUCGUGGUCCUCCCUGAAGAGGUGCGUGCGCAUCAUCGUCAUCAUCUGGGCCGUGUCGUCUGCGUGCGCCCUGCCUUACCCGAUCCACAUGCGGCUCUUCUACGGCGUGCAGAAUCCGUUCACGGGCGAGGACCUGCCGGACUCGCUGCUGUGCAACAUCCCCGAGCGGUGGCGGGACGACAUGCGAUACAUGUUCCAGUUCUCGUCGUUCGCCUUCUUCGUCAUUCCCAUGGUGGUGAUCGUCGUCAUGUACGUCUUCAUCGGCAUCACGCUGUGGAGCUCCGAGAUGGCCGUCAAUGACGACAAGAAGAAGAACAAGGCGGCGGCGGAGGCGUCGUCCAGGGCGCGGAGGGCCGUCCUCAGAAUGCUGGUUGCCGUCGUCAUUGCCUUCUUCGUGUGCUGGGCGCCGUUCCACACCCAGCGACUGAUGACCAUCUACAUACCGGCCGACGCCUGGACGGACCAGCUGCACGUCAUUCAGACGUAUAUCUUCUACAUAUCAGGUGUCUUGUACUUCGUAAGCUCAACCGUGAAUCCCAUACUGUAUAACCUUAUGUCUAAAAAGUACCGCCAGGCGUUCAAACGGACCCUGUGUCGCUGUGUGAAGGGCACCGCCUACGGACGGGACCUGAGCGUGUUCCGCUCCACCCAGUCGUGCGGGACGACAGUGACUGUGUACACGAACCAGAGACAAAACCAGAGGGACAAGCAGAAGAUUUACUGCGACUCGGAGGUGGACACGUCUCUUUUGUGAUACUCUUUGUGAUUCGGUGCUCAAGAUGGCGAUUUGAAUGUUCCAGACGAUUCUAUUGAAUGUUUUCUUUCUGUGCACUCGUGUUUUCAGUGAAUAAGGCAGCACUUUACAUAUGUGUGAGGGAUAGAGGUUUUUAAUGAUGGCUACAGAUUGUAGGAUAAAAUAUAGAACUUCAUCCUCUGAUCUCUUCACAUUAUGGUAUUCGUGAAAGAUAAAGCUGGGAGCAGACUAAAAAUUUUGUCUGUCUGGGUUUUGUUUGUGAAGAGUUGUCUUCGAAUUGAUAAGACUCUGGAAAUAUCAUCAGAAAGGAAAAAAUAUCGUACCAUCAUAACUGUACUGUUGGGUGCUUACGGAGAUCAAGCAUAAAUCUGUUGAGAUGCUCACAGUUAUCAGCCGAGAGAGAGAGAGAGAGAGAGAGAGAGAGAGAGAGAGAGAGAGAGAGAGAGAGAGAGAGAGAGAGAGAGAGAGAGAGAGACAGACAGACAGACAGACAGACAGACAGACAGACAGACAUAGAUGAUGAUGAUGAUGCUGUGAUGAGGAGGAGGAGGAGGAGGAGGAUGGCAGGAGAAGGAUAUUCACAGAGACGUCCUCCCACAAUUGCCAAUCAUGAGUCAUUAGAUACGUACAACAGGCUCAACUCGCGUCGCCUUGAACAUUUUAGAUCCACUAUCGACAUAUUAUGGUUAAGACCGGAGGAUGGUUCAGCGGAUAACCAUGUGCAUGUUUGUAAAAGCUGCGAUCAUUUGGCCUAUCCCUCAUAUUCUAUCAACAGUGUCCAAACAACUGCCUGGAUUAUUUACUUGUAUCAAGUUUCUUUGUAUUGUUGUCUGCAUAGACUGGAGAUAUGAGCAGCAGAUUUAACUAGCACAGCUGAACAACAGAACACACGAUUAUCACGAUUAUCGUGACGAUGUCUACUGAAGAUCCUAUAAAACGCAGCUGCUGAAAUCAACUUAUUUAUUAGUCUCGUGUUCACCUGACAUGAGUGCCAAAACAUUAUUUCCAUUAAUCAUUUUGUUCAUCGAUGAGAUUUUUCUUAUGGAUGUAAAAAAGAUCGUUGAUUCUAUUUACUGUGUUUCAACAAAUAUAAUUCAUGUGUUUUCGAUAUGUAUUAUGAUGUAGAAGCUCAAUGUGUGUGUCAAAACAACGGAAAAAGAACAAACAUAUCUGUUAUGUGUAUAAGGAACUUGUAUAAAUAUUAAUCAUGGAACAUUCUACGGAUUUCACAAAUUCAAAGAUAAUUAUGAGAACGGAGUCAUUUACAGUUACCAUCAUGAACCCGUUGGACGAAUUUUGUUUAUUUAUUUAUUUAUUUAUGUAUGAUUUUAUGUUGUGGUGCUGUUGGGUUUGUUUGUUUGUUUGUUUUUGUUAGUUUGUUUUGGGGGGUUGUUAUUUCGUGUUUGAUUAG